AUGUCAAAAUGCAAUCAUAAAAAAGUUCUGACUAGCGUAAAUUCAUUUUGUAAAGAAUUAAUGAAUUUUAAAACUUUUGAAGAAGAGACUAUCCUAGAACGAUGUAUAGAAUGGUAUAAUAACUUUUAUGAGCGUUACUGUGAUCUGCAACUCACUGAGGGUCCAGCAUCUAAAAGAAAAAAUAUACUUUUCACAAAAAUUGUUGGAGCUGUUACAAGGAACGACAAUUAUAAAAAAAAGAGACCACAAGAUGACAGCGAUGAUAACAAAGCAGGCCCGUCUAAUGAAAAACGUAGUCGGCAAGAGGAUUUAUCACGUGAAAGUACAAGAAUAUAUUUAGAGUCUUAUCAAUGUGAACAAAUCGAGCUACGAAUACUUGAGCAUUCAAUCGAGGCUGAAGGACCUCCGAUUGAGUGGGAAUUCAGUACACCAAAACAAAAUUGGCUAGAUAAAAUAGCACAGGAGCAUCAAUUGCUAACUUCUACAAAUCCAAUCUUGUGGAAAAUCAUUGAUUUAUUUGAUCAAAGAAUCACAAACCUUUUAUCAAAAAAUGAAUUAUCAGAAUUAAAUACAACAAUUUCAGCUUCUCUUAAAAAUUGGACAAUCUUGGAACCUAUGGCAGAGAAAUAUCUAUAUUCUUUAGCAAAACUUGAUGGCAAUCAACUUCGCAUCAUUGGUGAAAUUGUAAGGCCCAAAGGUAUACACAGCACAAUCCUUGAACUGCAAAAAAUAUUAAAUAACAUUAAAGAAAAAUCACCCGAAAAAUCUGAUGAUGAUCUCUUUGAUGAUAAAGAUACUUUUGAAAAUGAUGAUAAAAACUUUUAUGAAGAAAUCCUAUUAUCUACCGAAGAUCACACGAAUGCUGAUGUUGCAUUCAUUUUCGAUUUAAUUAGAUUUACUGUGUUUGCUAACAUCAAUUUUCAGAAACAUGAUUUAAGGAAAGAAUUGCGCUGGGGUCGUGAGUUUUCCCUUUGUGAGAGAACUAGUUCCAAAUGUGAAGAUACGUCAAAGGUUCUUUCGAAUACUCUUAAGAAAUUAUUAUCCAUUACUAUUUCUCGGUUUAAAAGUAUAAAGAGCAGAGCAGAAAAAGAAAAAUUUGCUUCUGGGAAAGUGGUAAUUCCCGCUAGACAGCAGGAACACAGAUCAUCCCAAAAAUAA